GACACCAAAGUGGGAGCACCGCCAUAGGCUCAUCCCCAGCCCCAACCCUGGUGCCCAGCGGCAGAAAAGGCAGCGGCUCCGGCCUCGCGCUGUUGCAAGCCGGUUCCUUCUGCGCCCGCCGCCCCCCUUCCCCGGAGCGUCAGGCUCCUAUUGCUUUCCUCUUCCCCGCCCGUCCCCCCGGCUUCCGCGCGCCGCCGGCCACCAACCCGCUUGCUACCAUGUCCGUAGAGCUGGAAGAGGCGCUGCCCCUGACCCCGGCCGAAGAGGCCCCCGGCACCCCGGAGAAGAAGCCGGCCAGUAAGAAGGCCAAGGCGGGCUCUUCGUCUCUGUCACCCUCCAAGAAGAAAAAGAACAACAAAAAGAAGAACCAGCCGGGCAAGUAUAGCCAGCUGGUGGUGGAGACGAUCCGCAAGCUGGGCGAGCGCAACGGCUCAUCCCUGGCUAAGAUCUACAACGAGGCCAAGAAGGUGCCCUGGUUCGACCAGCAGAACGGGCGCACCUACCUCAAGUACUCCAUCAAGGCCCUGGUGCAGAACGACACGCUGCUGCAGGUGAAGGGCACGGGCGCCAACGGCUCCUUCAAACUCAACAAGAAGAAGCUGGAGGGUGGCGGCGGCGCCGGAGACAAGAAGGGCUCGGGCUCGACCUCGCACCACAAGGCCAAGAAGGCGGCGGCCUCGGCAUCCUCCGCGGCGGCCUCGGCGCGGCGCGGCGACAAGAAACCGGCCAAGGCCAAGAAGCCGGAGAAGCGCUCCCAUAAGAAGGGAGCUGGCGCUGGUGGAGGAGGCGGAAAGAAGGACAAAGGAAAGGCCAAGAAAGCGGCUAAGAAGGCAUCCUCGGCCGGGGGCAAGAAGGUGAAGAAGUCGGCCAAGCCCAGCGUGCCCAAGGUGCCCAAGGGCAGGAAGUGAGCGCGCCCAGGGCCGGGGGACAGGGGGCAGAUGGGGGAGGGCCGGCCCGGGGAUGCCUGCCCGGCCGGGGGAGAAUGUGGGCUGCUCGCUGGACCCGCUCCUCCCCGCCCUCUCUCCGCUGUCCCCCACUUCUUCCCCCGCCCAUCCUGCGGUACCCAAGCUGUGACGGCCACCACCCACCCAGUGCCCUUCUCCUUCGCCACGAACUGAGCGAGUCGCCCGGGGACCGAGGUCGGCUGGAGAGGCGCGGACUCUCCGCCCCACGCCAAAAUGGUUAUUUUUAUAGCGAUUUGCUCGGGGGUGGGGGAGGGGACGGUUCCUUUUUCUUUAAUUUUUUUUAACCCUUUGUGUAGGUUUUGUACUGUUUACACGGCAGCCUUACCUCCAGCCCCUGAACUGAUCCCGGUCUGAACCUCGGGGGUCCCGGGGCCGGGGGUAUGGGGCGCGGGGAUGUGUCGGGGUGCCUUUCCGAUCUACCCUCCCACUGCUUCGCCUUCUUGGAUCCCCCGCCCCCGGCUGCUGUAGAGAUUUUUUUUUUUUUGUUGUUUGCUUUAGAUUUUUGAAACAGCCCCGGCGACGCCCCUAUUGGCUCUCGCCAUUGGCAACAGGACGGUCGCCUUGGCGACGGAUCCUUGAGCUCCAAUUGCCGGAGCUUGUGUGCGAGGGGGUGGG